GUUGCUGUGCAUAAGAUUAGGGCGCACACAAAAAAAAAACAGGACCCUUCUGAAUAUAAAUGGAGCGGCUACACAAGCUUGGAGCUCUUUCGCAGAGGGACACGAGUUGCGCAACGCAGAGUCCGUUUGACUUUUAUGGGAGAACAAGGACUGUGUUUGUUAUUAGCCCGCCUGUCCAGCCAGGGGAACGUGCACAUCGGAUAAAAAUCGCCGGACCUGCAGUGUUCUCUGUCAAGCUGCUGUGGUGAACACUUAGGCUACGGGUUUCUGACGUGGUGAAGAUGUUAGUGUCCGAUGUGUGGUAAAUAUAUUGGGUUCUGGUUUCUGGCUUGUGGUGAAUAUUUUGGGUUCUUGCAUCUAGUUUGUGUGGUGUUAGUGCACCUGGAUAGCUGUGGUAAAUGCUUUGAUGCUGGUGUGCUCAGAUCGCUGUGGUGAUUAUUAGAGUGCUUGUUUCUGGUUGGGUGUGCUUGUUUGGUUGCUGGUUUCUGAUUUGUGGUGAAUAUUUUGGGAACUGGUUUUAGGUGUGCGUAGGAUAUUGAGGUUCUUGUUUUCCCCGAUAGCUGUGGUGAAUAUUUGGGAUCUGGUUUGCCCUGAUAGCCGUGGUGAUUUUUUGGGUGCUGGAUCUGAUUGGCUGAAUGUUGAAAGAAGGGGGAAAGAGUGAGACAGAUAGAGGGAUGAGGGAGGGUGGGGAGGGACCGUCCUGGAGAAUGAGGGUCCUCCUUUUGGGGCUGUGCACUCUGACUGUGCUGAGCUCGGCCGGGCUGGUCGUCCUGCUCCUGCGGCAGACGCAGCUGACUGCGCAGCUGCUGCAGUUGGAUGCGCAGGUGCGGGAGAUCUCUGAGAGGGCCGUGGUGGAGUUCCUGUCCGAGGUGACUCCCCUCGCCGAGCGGCAGAGGGCCAAACGUCAUCACCACCACAAUCCCCGGAGCAAGAGGAGCCAGCGCCCGUGGGGGCCACAGGGCCCCCCGCAUGGGGAACAGCAAGAGGACAUGAUGAUGAUGAUGACUUACUCCAUGGUCCCAGUCCGGGUCUUAGUGGAUCUCUGUAACAGCACCAAUGGAAUCUGCUUGACAGGGCCUCCAGGACCACCUGGUUUGCCUGGGCUUGAGGGAAUACCGGGAUUUAAUGGAACUGAUGGGAUGCCUGGGCCUAAGGGAGAACCUGGAGAACAGGGAAAACGUGGGAGGAGAGGUCCCCCUGGCCCACCAGGGGAAAAGGGAGAUCCAGGAGCCAUUGGGGAGCCUGGGCCCCCAGGGGAAAAAGGAGAGACCUCCAACGAUGUGAUAUCAGAAGGCCCUCCAGGUCCAGUGGGUCCCCCUGGCCCUCCCGGUCCUGUUGGGCCCCCCGGUCCCCCAGGGCCGCCUGGCCCCCGCGGACCCCCCAGGAACAGAACGCACAGAGCCCAUCUGCAGAGGGUCCAGACAGCUGUGGGCCUGUCGUAUGCUGUGCCAAAUGAUGACACCUCAUCUGAAAAAGCUGCUGGGAAGGCACAGGAAAUCCUGUCAAAGAAAGCAGAAUGCAUAGUCAAAUCCAUUACAAAUCCCAGAAAUAUUUCCAAAAUGGAGACCACAUUCGGGGCGUGGAUGCAAGACACAGCUCUGAAGGAUGAUGAGAGAAUCUGGGUGGCUGACCACUUCUCAGGCCGAGAUGUGAAGGAAUACCGGAGCAUAGCCUCGUUUCAGAACAGCACCAGCCAAACCAUCGAUGUGUGGAAGUUCUUCUUCGGCUGCGGCCACAUCGUGCACAACGGCUCCAUCUACUACCACAUCGCCGGGACGAUGGAGAUCGCCAGAUUCAACCUGCACAGUAAGAGAUUGCACACCCUGGCCAUUGAGAACUCCCUGUACCACAACCUCACCUAUCUCCUGAACAACUCCAAGACCUACUUCAAAUUGGCGGUGGACGAAAAUGGCUUGUGGUUGGUGUUCGCUUCAAGCCUGGAUGAGACCAUCAGGGUGGCUCAGCUGGACGAAAAGACGUUCUCUGUUACCUCCUACAUCAACACCAGCUAUCCCCGCACCAAGGCUGGGAACGCUUUCAUCGCGUGUGGGGUCCUCUACAUCACCGACACCAAGGACACCAAGGUGACGUACGCCUUCGACCUGCUGAAACAGAAGCCUGUCAGCGUGACCUUUGACCUGCGGUCGCCCGGGGGUGUCCUGGCCAUGCUGUCCUACAGCCCAAAAAACAAACACCUGUACGUCUGGGACAGCAGCUACGUCAAAGUGUACGACGUUCAUUUCCUCGCUGAUGAAUGAACUUUUCCCCAGGACUUACAUAUGCAUGGGCAAUCUUUUUAUAAUCAGACUUUUAUUGAGAUUUUCAAAAAUUAUUGUAAGUAUUUAUGCUAAAUUGUCUUAUGGGUGUAGUGGACGGUGUGAGUGUACUUUAAUGUCUAAAUAUAAGUGGAUGAUCAGUAACAUCCAUAUGCAGCAGU